AUGCACUUCAAGUUACUGGAACUUUUAAUUGGUGUGUUAGACAAAUUGCUGAAGUGCGAUAAGUUAGAAAUAGAAGCCGAUAAUAUAAUACCGGACCACAGACCACCACCUGAAUGGCCAUCUCGUGGAGACAUUCAUAUUAAAAAUUUGGAAAUUAAAUAUAGGCAUGACAGUCCUUUAGUUUUGAAAGGUGUCUCGGCUGAUAUUAUGGCUGCCGAAAAAAUUGGAAUUGUUGGUCGAACUGGAUGUGGAAAAUCAACGUUGGCAACUUCAUUCUUUAGAUUUGUUGAACCAACUUCUGGAAGUAUUGUAAUUGACGAUAUUGAUAUCACUACUAUUGGAUUAAGGGAUCUUAGAAGUAAUAUUACUAUCAUACCUCAGGACCCCGUACUAUUUAAUG